CGUCCGCCCCCAGUCUCCUCCCCUCGGCCGCUGACCGCUCUCUCGCGGCGGCCGGCGGGGCAUGCCAGCCGCGUCCCGCUGCAUGGCGCUGCUCCGGGCGCUGCUCGGGGCGCUGCUCCUCCCGAUGCCAGGAGUGUGGUGCUUUAGCGAACUGUUCUUUGUGAGAGAGCCUCAAGAUGUGACUGCCUCCAGGAAGGAUGCGGUGGUGUUAGACUGCCAGGCCCGUGGGGAAGCUCCUAUAACUAUUACGUGGUUGAAAAACGGAGGCAAAGUGUCUGAAAAUGAAAGGAUCUACACCUUAUCCAAUGGCUCUUUAUACAUCAGUGAGGUGGAAGGAAGGAAAGGAGAGCAGUCUGAUGAAGGAUUUUACCAGUGCUUGGCUCUGAACAAGUAUGGAGCCAUUCUCAGUCAAAAAAGUCACCUUACGCUAGCAACCAUUUCUGCUUUUGAAGUUCAGCCACUUUCAACUGAGGUUCAGGAAGGUGGAGUAGCUCGAUUUACCUGUAAAAUAGCAGCAAACCCUCCUGCUGUUGUGACGUGGGAAGUGAAUCGAACAACUUUGCCUUUAUCUAUGGACAGGAUUACUGUUCUACCUACAGGAGUUCUUCAGAUCUAUGGUGUUGAACAGAAGGAUGCAGGAAAUUACCGAUGUGUUGCCACAACAAUAAGCAGCAGACGUAAGAGCACUGAAGCAACGCUGAAUGUUAUUCCAGCUUCAGACUUAAAGCCUUUUCACAAACCAGCCAUAAUAGCUGGUCCUCAAAAUGUUACAGCAUCUCUUCAUCAAACCGUCGUACUGGAGUGUGUAGCCACAGGGAAUCCAAAGCCGAUCAUCUCAUGGAGCCGGUUAGACCAUAAGUCCAUUGAUGUCUUCAAUACCCGUGUCCUUGGAAAUGGGAACCUCAUAAUCUCUGAUGUGAAGGUGCAGCAUGCGGGCGUAUAUGUCUGUCGAGCCACUAUUCCAGGCACACGAAACUUCACAGUAGCAAUGGCAACUCUCACUGUGCUGGCUCCUCCUUCAUUUGUGGAAUGGCCAGAGAGUUUAACAAGGCCUAGAGCUGGUACUGCUCGCUUUGCCUGUCAGGCAGAAGGAAUUCCUGCCCCCAAAAUUUCAUGGUUGAAAAAUGGAAGGAGAAUACACUCCAAUGGUAGAAUUAAAAUGUACAACAGUAAAUUGGUGAUUAACCAGAUCAUCCCUGAAGAUGAUGCCAUUUAUCAGUGCAUGGCUGAGAAUAGUCAGGGAUCUGUGCUCUCCAGAGCCAGGCUUACUGUAGUUAUGUCGGAAGACAGACCCAGUGCACCUUAUAACGUCCAUGCUGAAACGAUGUCAAGCUCCGCGAUCCUGCUGGCAUGGGAAAGGCCACUCUAUAAUUCAGAGAAAGUGAUUGCAUAUUCUGUGCAUUACAUGAAAGCAGAAGGUUUAAACAAUGAAGAGUACCAAGUGGUCAUUGGAAAUGAUACAACUCAUUACAUUAUUGAUGAUUUGGAGCCAGCCAGCAACUAUACCUUCUAUAUUGUAGCUUACAUGCCUCUUGGAGCCAGUCAGAUGUCAGAUCAUGUGACUCAGCACACCCUUGAAGAUGUUCCCCUGAGAGCUCCUGAAAUUAGUUUGACAAGCCGGAGUCCUACAGAUAUUCUUAUCUCUUGGUUGCCGAUUCCUGCAAAAUACAGGAGAGGCCAGGUGGUUCUGUACCGUCUGUCUUUCCGCCUCAGCACAGAUAGCAAAAUCCAAGUCUUGGAGCUCCCAGGGACUUCAGAUGAGUACCUCCUUGAAGGGCUGCGGCCUGACAGUGUCUACCUGGUUCGUAUUACUGCUGCAACAAGGAUUGGCUGGGGAGAGGCAUCUUUGUGGACCUCCCACCGAACUCCAAAAGCUACAAGUGUGAAAGCACCAAGAUCUCCUGAGCUGCGUUUGGAACCAAUAAAUUGUACAACCAUUACAGUUCAGUGGCAGCAGGACUCUGAUGACACUGCAGCUAUUCAAGGGUACAAGUUGUAUUAUAAGGAAGAAGGCCAGCAGGAAAAUGGACCGAUUUUGUUGGAUGCCAGUGAUCUUGAGUAUACUGUCAGUGGUUUAGAUCCUAGAAGAAAGUAUCAUGUAAGGCUGCUGGCAUAUAACAAUAUGGAAGAGGGUUAUCAAGCAGACCAAACAGUCAGCACUCCAGGAUGUGUCUCUGUCCGUGAUCGCAUGGUGCCACCACCGCCACCCCCUCACCAUCUCUAUGCUAAAGCUAACACUUCAUCUUCUAUCUACCUUCACUGGGGAAAACCUGCCUUUACAUCUGCACAGGUCAUUAAUUACACAAUCCGCUGCAACCCAGUAGGACUGCAGAAUGCAUCUCUGGUUCUGUACCUUCAAACGUCGGAGACUCACAUGUUAGUUCAAGGCCUUGAACCAAAAACCAUGUAUGAAUUUGCAGUUCGGUUGCACGUGGACCAGCUCUCUAGUCCCUGGAGUCCAGUGGUCUAUCAUACUACCCUUCCAGAAGCACCAUCUGGCCCUCCAGUAGGAGUGAAGGUGACUUUGAUAGAAGAUGAUACAGCUUUGGUUUCCUGGAAGCCACCCGAUGGUCCUGAAACAGUUGUUACACGAUACACUAUCUUAUAUGCAUCCAGGAAGUCUUGGAUUGCUGGGGAAUGGCAAGUGUUGCACAGAGAAGGAGCAAUGACUAUGGCUUUGCUGGAAAAUCUUGUAGCAGGAAAUGUCUACUUGGUUAAAAUAGCAGCCUCCAAUGAAGUGGGAGAAGGACCCUUCUCAAAUGUGGUGGAACUUGCUGUCCUGCCAAAGGAGACAUCAGAGUCUAAUCAGAGGCCUAAACGCUUGGAUUCAGGAGAUUCCACGGCUUAUUCUGACUAUUACCAUCUGGACCAAAAAUCGAUGACUGGCAUUGUUGUUGGGGUUUGCAUAGCCCUGACCUGCAUCCUUAUCUGCAUCCUGAUCUUAAUUUAUCGCAGUAAAGCCAGGAAAACAUCUGCUCCUAAACCUGUGCAGCAAAGCACUGAUCGGCUGUCACAUACCAACAUCUCAUUAGCCAGUGCUAAUGAGGUGGAGAAGAGCAUUGAAGGAAUGGCAGAGAAUGCAGAAUCCUUAUUGCCAAUGAUAGUGGGAAACAGCUUCGUUGAUGCUAAGGGAGGAUCCGAUCUUAUUAUUAACAGCUAUGGGCCUGUCACAAAGGCCAACUGCAAGAAGAGGUGGCUGUUCUUCCAGGAUACUAAGAAGAUGAAGACAGAGGAGCCUCAGAGAAGAUUUGUCCAGGCAGUGUGUCUUUAUCAGCCAGGUACUACUGUGCUGAUAAGUGAGGAUGACUCCCCCAGCUCUCCUGGCCAGCAUUCUAACUUCCAGGUGCCGUUCAGUAUUGCUGCUGAUACAGAGCAUUCAGCCAACAGCGAAGGAAGUCAUGAGACUGGUGACUCUGGAAGAUUUUCACAUGAGUCCAAUGAUGAGAUACACCUCUCCUCUGUGACAAGUGCCACUCCUUGUGCUACCAGUCCUUUUGUAAGCAGUGACUUGGGUAAGAACGUGAUGAAUUCUACCGUAAGUAACAGCAAAGAAUCACCCCUGCUGUUUGCUGCUGACCAGCCUGCUACCUCACCUCUUCAGAUCCACUCUGCAGUGCAAAACUCACACCCUUAGGACCACAUCAGACAUUCUUGCAAUGUAUGUCUGUUCGAAGGACAAUGAACAGGGAGCCAAAGUUAUAUUGUGGAAAGCCUGACUAACUCAACAGGUGAUCCCGUAUUUCUGUUGAAUGGGUUUUGUUUUUUUUUUGUUUAACUCAUUCCUUUUGAAUGUUUGAUGGUCAACAAAUGUGAAAGGACAGAGAAGAUUUCUGACUAGAGUUGAAAUUAUGUCACUGGAGCAAAGGGAAGUCUUUUGGCUCUUUUGCUGACUAUCUACCUCAGUUUGCCGAGAGGUGAACUCUGAAAUACAACUGCUUUACCUCGUUUGUGUUCUAUUUGAUCCCAGCUGUGGAACUGAUGAUACUUCCUAGUAGUGUUUUAUUUUAGGUUUCUUUUUUUUCCAGUUGCGUAUAGAAUGCGUGCGUUUGUGUGCGUGUGUGCUCAGUAACCAGGGAGUUGUAUAGGUAGAUGAACAAGAUUGUUUAGCUGAAGCUCUGCCUUUAAAAAGAAGGAUAUCUCAGAAUAGAAGAUGUAAUGUUUUAAUGUGGCUGAUCUAGACAAUGUUCAAAAACUGCAGAAAUUGGAGUUGGUACUUCCGUUUGAACAGUCACGUGAAAUCUUUUGUACCUCUUGAUUUCCAUUAGCUCCAGGAAGCCUACAACAGUGCCUUUCCCCAGAAACUUGUGCCAACGACUGCUGACAGGAUGUACCCUUAGGGCUCUAGGGCACAUUGAGUUCCCCACUCAAGUGUGGACAAAUGCUAUCAAUUUAUUGACAAUUAAUGCUAAAACGCAUGGCAAAAUGAAGAAGUAUUCAGUAUUUCCAAGCAGUUUGACUCUGCCUAAGAGACGUGGAACAGAUGAUAAUGCUGAGUACUCUGGUAUUGCAGUACUUCUUAGCAGUGGUGCCUUGCAUUAUAUAUAAUGAAAUGACUGAUUUGCCUUAUGCCUUUUUAGUAUUUAUAAAGUUGCUUUGGAUUUUGGAAAGAUGCCUUAAAUGCUUCUUAGAUGUUAUAAGUAAACUGCAUCGUGAGCUCAUAGUUCAUUUUUUACUCAGCUUUGAAUGCUGAGAAGCCCUGCUAGCAUCAUCGUAUGCCUCACAGCUGUUUUUGGGAUGCAACCCUGAUCCUUGCCUUUGCCUAGUAUGCUGUUAGCCAGGAAUUUUAGCUCAGGGAGUGACAUAAGCCUAUCUAAAACUCUACCAUGAGAAAUAAAAAGCCAGAGCUUUAGUUGAAGAGUCUGUUGAAGGACACAAGUAGUGCUACUGCCUUGAACCCAUACAAUUCCUGUUUGAUACUACCUCUUUUAAAAGUUAUUCUAGUGUGUUGUGGUGUUUGUUUUUUUGUUUGUUUGUUUUUCCUGUACUCAGGGAACAGUUUGUUACUUUGAGCUGCCUCAUGAAAAUGUGGAGCAAACUGACAGGGUAUCGUGUUUUAUUUCUUAAUGGGGGUGGGAGGAGGAGAGAGAGAGGGAGGAGGUUGGAUUCAUCCAAUGUUAUAAACUUGCCUAUAUAACUAUCCAGUCCUCUUCUCUGCUUUCCUCAUUUUACUUUAAAAAAAAAAAAAAAAAAAAAAAAAAAAAAAAAAAAGUUUAAAAUGUAAUA